AUGGCCACCGAGGUCGACAUCGGAGCCCUGGAAGAACGCAAUCGACAGUUGACUGAGUCCCUUUCCACUACUCGACAAAGACUGGUCGAACUUACCAGUGAACUCCAUCAACUUACCGAUUAUGUAGACCAGUAUUCGAGGCCACAUUCGUAUUCGUCGGCAUUGGGAUAUACUUCGCCAUUUCCACUCAAUGCGGUUGCUCCUCCUCCUAGGUCUCCACGCCAUUCAACCAAGCAUGGUGGGUACAACUCGGGACCGUUAUCAGAUCUGUUCGUGGACCAUGAUCGCGAGUCGACACCUUCUGUCCACGUGGUAACACCGUCGCCGCCCAACGCAUUCGUACAAGGAGCCAUCUCACUAUCCUAUAACGAGGAGACCACGAAGUCGCUGAUCGACCCAUCCAGCAACUAUCCUGUAGGCAGACCGUCUGAUGCCUGCUUGGACAUCAUCCAUCACGAAGGCCUCGUCCGCCAGAUCAUGAUACAGGAGUACGCUGAAGAUCCCGCCCAUUGUCAGAGUCUCGACAGCCUGAUAGCUAGGAUGCUACAAUCCCUGCUGUCGUCCGAGAAAUGGGAGCGUCUGAGCCUGUUCUGCCAUGCAGUCAGCGGCUGGGACAAACUCGGGCCCAUCACCCGCUGGCGGCUCGAGCCAACUGCCAAACAUUACAUGCAACUCACCCCCUGCUACCGUCCAAGCCGUGUCCAGAUGACCAGGCAUCAUUGGCCGAUCGUCGACUGGUUACCGUUCCCCAAGAUCCGGGAUAUACUGGUCCUCCAUCCCGAAAGGUAUGAUUUGAACAAAGUUUGCCUCGAGCUAAAUGCGAGCUUCUGCUUGGAGAUGGAGUUUGCAAAUGCGUAUCCAGAUGCCGAACAAGGCGACAGUGGAACUGCACCGUCAAGUUUCGGGCCUAUCACUAGGGUGUGCGAGACUGUAGGGUCGGGGGGGUCAACGAGGAGUCCGACCAACAUAUUCACCAAUGCGCAUCAAGGGCGAAAUCGUCCGAGGAACGAUGUGGUGUAUGUCCUUUUGCAAGAGUACGUCAACCACAGGACCGGUGCGGACUCCUUGACAACAAUGGGCCAAAGCCACCACCGCCGAGUCAAUGAAAACAUCUUGACACAUUUGCUCCUGGCAUUCAGACAGCUCGAAAAUCCUUUCAAGCUCCAUUCGAAAUUCUUCGACCAGUUUCCCGAUCUCCCACGAGACUUGUACAUGGUCCGCGGCGAGCAGGAAGCCCUGAAACAGCCGAUUCUCGACGCCGUAGGCCGUGGAUUCGGUCGCAACCCGCUUUUGCAAAGGAUCUGCUCUCAAGCUUUCCAAGACGGCGUUGAAAUCAUCUUAGGGGAAAUGUUGACCGGAGUGUCGAAGAAGGGUCGCCAGGAGAAUUAG